CUUUGACCCCGUGAACUUUGUAAAAAUGGUGGACAUUGGAGCGAUAUUACGAAAAGUUAGAGUUUAUGAAAUAAUUUAGCUAAAAAUGAAUAACUGCGCUUUAAAAAUUAAUAUAGUCUAAGUUUCAUAGAAGUGACAUGAUGGAAACAAAUUUUUCAAAUCCUUAUCCUCGCCAUGGUGUCCCCACACUUAUUCCUGAGAUUGUUUCGGUCUGUCCCGACGCAUACGAUGAAAAAUCAGUGCGCGUCGUUGGUCGGUUAGUAAAUAAAGUAAAUUAAAUGUGUGCUAAUAAUGGUUUAAUCGUUUAAAGAAUUAAGAAGUUGUAUGUAAAAUUUGAAAACAUCAGUGAUCUUACAAUGUAGUUAACGUCUUUUUACAACUUUAUCCCCCCCCCCACACCCAAACCAAAAUUAAUUUAAUAUAAAAAAUUGCUAAACAAAAUAGGGUUAAACCUGAAAAAAGGAAUUUUGUUGAGUUCCUUUUUUCAGGUUUAACCCUGAUUUGUUUUACACAUUUUAUAUUGUGCUAACCUGAUUGAAGUCUCUCCCCUUAUUAAUCUUCAAAAUUAAUUUAAAAUAACAACCUUAUUUUUAUAUUUAUAUAUUCAUUAUCAAUUAUCAUUAUUAUUAUUAUUAUACUAUACUAUUAAUCAUUAUUAAUUAAUUAAUAAUAAUAGGAUAGGAGGCGUGCCUACAAUUCUUAUUCAUUACUUAACAUUAAAUUUAAGUAUAAGAUAUAGUUAUUUAGUGAGAAUUCUAGUGAGAUUACAAUUAAGAUUGCAUUAAAUGUAAACUUAAUAUCUUGCAAGAAAUAAAUAAUCUCUAUUAAUUAAUUUAAUGUCUGAUGAAAAGAAAUGAUUACUUUUUCUCAAAUAAAUUUUUUAUUAAUAAGUCCAUUGACACUGAGUCAUUAAAUAGUCAAGUAAAUGCAAAGAGAUGGCACCGCGACGUAUCACACGGCCGCCAAUGCGGCAGUGAUAUUUUAUCAUGUUUGCUAAAAUUAGGAAUAAAACGUUAAAAAUUAAUGCAAAAAUGUCCUAAAUGUAUCCCUAAACCUAACCUGAACCCUUAAUCUAUCCCUAAACCUAACCUGGGUUUUGACCCUAUCCCUAACCUGGGUUUUGACUAGGGGUGUGCCGGAGUCAGGUCCGGAAUCCGGUUCCGCCGGAUUUUGCACUAUCCGGUGAAAUCCGGUUCCGCUGGAUUUACAUGUAUCAGGAACAACCGGAUUCCGGAAUAUACUGGAUUUCGGAAUUUGCCAGAUUUUGUGACUCACCGGAUCAUAAUCUGAAAUAAAAGUAAUUCUCUUUCCCGAAUUCCACACGAUCACGAUACAUUAAUCGAUUGUUUCGAGCGUUGAGCUUGUUUAAUGUUUAAUAUUCCGUACAUACCAGAGGCUAGAGUCAGCACCGCUAAUAGUGGCCAAUAGUGUAGGGACUUUGAUAAGAAAAUUUAAACUUUUUGUAAAAAUAAACCAAUGGCAUAGUUGAAAAGAUGUAAUUUUUUAAAGAAUUAUAACACCAAAAUCAUAUUUUUAGCUGUUGUAGUUUUAAAGUUAUGAAUUUUUAAAGUACGACUUGGUUUGUCAUUUUUUAACAUGGACUGCAUCUCCACAUUCUGUGAUCUCAUUCCACCAAUCCCGUCAUGCGCAAUGACUAUAUAGUUUAUAUAAGGCAACGCAUUCCCUGCCUUAUCACUAAAAUACUGUUUAGACUUAGUUUAAACUUUCAACUUUGGCACAUGAAUAAUUAAUUAAAGCUUUCCCUGACCAAUGGUUUAAUAGUUUUUGCACACGGCAAACUCUUAUGAAUGAAACUCUGAGGUAGUACUACGAUACAGUUAUGCAAGUGGCUGUGAAUGGUUGCCAAUGACAACGUGUUGCACACGGUAAAUUCUGAUCAUUUAUAAUAUGGAUUCUACCGGGUUGUUAAAGCUCAAAUUAAAACAUUCCAGUUUAAAUGUCUUUAAAUGCAUUCUGAAACACAAGUUAUCAAUUAUUUUGAUGUAAAUAGUGAUAAUAAAUUAAUAUUUCCUAAGUAUCGUCAACUUCCGCCAUUAAAAAGGGGGGCGUGGCCAACCCCAUGGCGAAAUUAGGUUGAGCGAGCUGCAUGACCUGCUGCGAACGCGUAGAAACAUGGCGUCUCUCGUAAGACACAUAUCCAAAUGGAACGGAACUCAAAUAUAUAUCGAAAGUACUAAUUUAAUAAUAAAUAGACUUACACAUCGGAAAAUUAAAAACUCGGAUUUUUUGGCGCCGAUUGUGAAUUCCCAUACACAAAAAGUAGUCGUCCACCUUGACUUACCGAAGUAUCUACCAAUAGUACCAAAAUCCGGAAUAUUCCGGAAUCCGGAUCCGAAUCCGGAUCCGGCGGAUUUCGCAUAAGAAAAUCCGGAUCCGGUUGGAAAAAACGGAUCCGGCACACCCCUAGUUUUGACCCUAUCCCUAACCUGGAUUUUGACCUUAACCUGAACUCCCUAAAUCGAUCUCUAAACCUAAACUGAAUCCUGGGUUUUGGCCCUAUCCCUAACCUGGGUAUUGACUUUAACCUGAACUCCCUAAAUUGAUCUCUAAACCUAAACUGAAUCCUUAAUAUAUCCCUAAACCUAACCAAAACUACCCCUAAAUCCGCAAGUAAAAAAACAUGUGGCAUUUACACACUGUGGCAAGAAAACUAUGAAAAUGAAGAAAAAGCAAUAAAAAACUGGCUAAAAAUAAUGCUAAAGUAAAGAAAUAAUGAAAACCCAACUUACCGUUUCAUAGAGUACACUUUUACACAAUUUAUUUCAGGUUCCACCUAAAAGAAUAUCCAGAAAAUGAAUAAAAUACAGUGCCUUUCUAUGUAUCCAAUUUGUGUCAAAGAUGGCCAAACCAACAAUUAUGCAACCAAUGAAAUUUUAACAUAAUUAAUCAACCAAUAAAAAUUUAAUUAAAACAUGCCAUCUUCAUAUUAAUGAAAAUGUAACUCUAUUAACAAAAAUAAGUGGAGUGAAUCCAAAACAGCAACUUAACAAAAACACGUAAAAGACAUCACUGUGCCAUUUCUUAGCAUUGACCAAUAGUCAUGUAAACCCUUGUUGAGAGGGGCAAUCAUGUCCCUGAUUUUCUUUGUGUUCUUUUUUUUUUUUUUAUUUCUAUAUGAGCAACAUAAUUCCUAUUAUCAACAUACGUAAAACAUUUUAACUGAUUUCAGUUUUCUCUAUAAAAUUCAAUUCUGGCCAGAGGCAGUAAAUGCAUAAUGAAAAAGAUUUACUUCAAAUUCUUAAUCCUAUUUGUUAAUAUUGAUCAACCAUUUUUCUGAGAAUAUUUUCUAAUUCUAUUGGAAUUUAAUAACUCUGUUGUGCAGUUUAAAAUUUAAAUUAGUUAAGCUUUCCUUCUUUGUGAGUCAUGCAGGUCAAUGUAUACUGUCCUUUUGCCUAAAUAUCCACGGUUCUUUCACCAUUCUUCACCUCACCAAGUAACCCUCCCUUAUUCUUUCCUCCAGAAAUAACCCACCUUCUACUUCCUCAAACCCUAUCCUGCCCUCUCAACUCUUUCACCACAGUCUCCACUACACCAUCACUUUCCCUUCCCUUAAUUUCUACCCUUUCUCCACUUCCUCAAAUUUACCUUCCUCUCUCCUUUAAAAUGAUUCCAUGUUCCUUAUCACCAAAUCCUCACCACUUAUCCUCUCCCCCAAUACUUUGCCCCUGAACCCACCUGCUCUCAGUCUUCCCUUCACUUCUACUUCUACCCAUCAUCUCUGCACUAUCCUGGACAUCACUUUUUCCCUACCAUCUUCACCUUAUAAUUAGGCCACUCAACUCUCACCCUCCCUCCACUAAGUACCAGAUCCUCUCCAGAAAAAUUACAUGGAGCAGAUGAGUCCCAAAGUUACCUGCUGCAGAGCCCCAAUUAAUAUACACUUAAUUUCUAUUCCACUCCAGUGUGGAUCACUAUGAUGCUUUCAAAUGCAUUGCCCUUUUGUCUGAACCCAACAAACCAUCAAGCUCAUCAGUUAAACUAAGAGUUAACACUCGCCUAACUGACCAAGCAGAUUACAUUGUUGGCUCUCAAGUCAUGCUGAUCGGUGAGCUGGAGAAGGUUGACCUCUCUGCCUGUGACUUGGCAGAUGAUUUCACCCAUGGAAGUGGAGGCAUUGAACUAAGGGCCAGAGUGUCCAGAUGUAUUGACGGAUUGGAUUAUGCGGUGUAUUGUAAGGGAGUGGAUAUAUGGAGGCAAUUUAAUUCUGACAUGAAUAUGGAACAUUCUUCAUAGUUACUGUUUAUAAAACUUUUGCAUGGGGCCACUUGUUAAAGCACUGAGAACGGAGAGGGGGUGGGGUAUUGAUUGAGGAGAUUUUUGCCUACAGAUGUUUAUUGAGAGGAGGGAGGUAGAAUGUGUACAAAGAUUUAUACUGUCACGUUAGUCCGUAAAAAAAAAACUUUUCUAUACCUGUGAAGCCAAAUGUCACUAAUUUUUUUUAAAACCAUGAUUUCUAAUUAUUUUUUGAAGGCUAUAAAUUAUAAAGUAGAUGCAAAGAUUAUUACCUGUUAUGAAACAUUGUUGUGAUAAAUAGUGAGAAAACAUGUGACAUAACUUUUAACAGGAUGUAUGUUGACUGCCUUUAAUUACAUUCUAAUGUUAUAUAAGUAGGCAUAGGUAGUUUAGGUUGGAGAUGAAAAUUACCAUUUUUGUACAUAGGCUGGGGGGGGGGUAUUUUUUUUUUUUAGCCUUCAUCAAUAUAUGUAUUAGAAGUUCAAAGUUAUUUGAUUUCUAAUAAUGUAUGUUAAAUCUUUUGGAAAAGCUGAAUUGACAUCUGACACCCUGGACAGUAUAUUUGUGCAAUCUUUAAAAGUUUUUGAAAUAGCAUGGGCAAAACCAAAUAAACUUUUUUAUUUUUUUUUUAAAUUUUUUUACCAUUUUAUUAGUCAAGGAUGAUAUUAAUUUUAAGUUUUCUGUGUUUUUCUAUGCUCUAGCAUUAUACUGGCACAUGACAAAUAAACAAUAACUUGUAAAUGAUAACACAAACCAAUCAUUUUUUUUGGCAAAAUUUAUGAUUGAAAAUAAAAUCACCAGAAUAUUCUGUAAUAAUCACUACAAAUACGACACAUUGUAUGUUAAUAAAGAUCAUUCUUAAAUAUAUUAUAUUUAUAUAAGUACUUGCGCACAGAUUUGUAGAAAGAUUAAUUCUUUUUAAAUGAUAUGCUCCUGCAGAGUGCAAAGCUACUCCUAAAAAGUAAAGUUUGCACCUCUGCUUUGAAAAACAUAGCAGAUUUCAAACUGUACAAAAAACAACAACAUACAGCUCAUAACCUAUUUCAGUAUGGAUCUACACGGUAUAAAAUUGCUAUAAAAUUUGUAUUCGAACAAAAGUCAAAUAACCAUUCCUACUUAACAAAAAUAUUUAAAUAAAGAUAAUUAAAUUUUAUAAAUCUUAAUGUUUGAAAGUCAGGAAAAUUCCUAAUACAUAUAACUCUGCUAUUAUUUGUUUAAAGACUUUAUUUACAUAUUCUUUGAGUGAGUGUGUGUGAGCAUGGGAGAGAAAAAUGUGAGGGAUAAGUAAGAGGACAUUUUUUGUGUGUUAUAAUUUGAAUUAGAAAUCUGGAAAGUACUGUCCUUUGCAUUGUCUUUUUGUAACUGCUGUUGAGCAAGUGUUCCUAAAUAAUAUGCAUCUGAUCUUAAAUGUUACUUGUGCACAACUAAAAUAAACUAAUUAUAAUAUAUGAACUGUUUAAAAUAAUUUUUUGUUUUUUGUUUUGUAAUUUUUAGGUUCACCCCUCCUUAAUACUGAGUUUAUCACUUAAAAUGUAAAGGCUUUAAAUAAAUGGCACAGCGGGCCAGUGUUUUUAAUGUAUCAUUUCUCUGUUGAGUAGUGGGUAUUAAAAGUAAAAUUAAUUAUUUUUUUUAAAAAUAAAUUAUUCUAACACAACAUUGAAUAGUUACUUUAAUAAUAAACACAUAGCUUUAUAAGAAAAAAAAAAGCUUAUGGGUGAAAUGCUUCAUCGUAAAAAGGAAAACAGUUUUAGAGCUAUUUAUAGCCUCAUUGCUAAAAAACAGUAAUUUUUAUUAAGUAUCAACACAAAAAAACAACUGGAGGGAAAAAAAUGAAAUGAAAACCCUCAUGCCACAGCUUUGUUGAAAAAUAAACAAACGAAAAUCACAAAAUUAUUAUUUACCAAGGGUGACAGCUUAGAGAAUCUUGGGAAAAGUAAUCUAAGUUCCUAGGUCUAACAUGGGAAACUAGUCAAACAUCGGAAGGGUAGAGUCACACAAGAUAAAGUGUGUGGGGGGGAGUAAUGGUAAAGAAUUCAACUUCUAAUUGUAUGCAAAAUACUACCAAGAUGUGAUUAUUUGGAAUGAAAUUUCAUUAGUUUUGUUUUUUAAAACUGGUGUAAAUUUUUUUUUUUUUAAAUGACAACAGUCAUGUGCACAGCUUUUUAUUAAGGGACAAAUUUAUCUUAAUUCAUCCACUUUGGCAUAGAUUUCCUAAUCUUUUGCAACUUAUGGUCAAUGAACAAGUGGUCAAUUUAAAACAAUGCUUUUUGAAAAACAACAUCUUUAAUUCAUAUCAAAAUGAUGAAAGUGAUCCCUACGAGUACAAAGUAUGGCCAAAUAAUUACAUUGGUAGUUUUUUGCUGCAAUUCUACUACAUCUUAAUCAAAUGUCAGCAUUGUUUAAAUAUUUUACCAAAUGUCAACAUUUUACAUAGGAGUAUUCAUGACAUCUCAUCAUAGUUUGUGGAAAAUCUGGUACGAAAUAGUGCUUGUGAUUUUCAUACAGCCCCGUGCCAUUGUGUUCAGAAGUUAAAAAAAUAAAUAACACAUGACCAAAGUGUGACCUGGAUGCUGCUACUGCUCCGCCAUACAUUGAGCUGAACUUUGCUCCCUCUCACUCUGUUGUCAUGUAAAUGUUGAUUAGCAGCUGAUUUUAACUCUCUGAGCUCAUAAAUAGGUUUUGAAUCAAUGUUUUAUAAAUUGACAGUUGAGAGCACUACCGAUUCCAUCAGGGAUAAUUUUAAAAAAUAAAAGAAAAGCACUAAAAUAAAAUUCAUCACCUCACAUUUAAUGUUUGGCAUUUCUAAAAAUGUCGUUUUUUUUUUUCCUUAAAUUUUAAAUAAAAAUUGAUUUUAACGUCUUCCAUCACAAUUCACUAUUGACAAAAAAUUGAUUAUUUCAGGAGGAUAAGCCCAUUUUGAAUGUCUUUUUUUUUCAUCAGUUUCUAGGAACCUGCUGUAUUUUCACUGACUCACUCCACUAGAAUUGUCUUUUUUAAAUAUUUUUUUUAACAUAUAUGAAUGUACAUUUAGUGCCAGGCAAAAUAAAGUUAUAUUUUAAAACAACAUUUAUGAAAUAUGACUAUGCCCAAGAAGUUAAAUAUAUUGGGAGGGGGGGGGGGUGGUGGUGUU